AUGGAGGAGGUGUGGGAAGCCCUAGCCAAAAUACAGCCAGACCUCAUCUGUCGCAUCUGCCUGGACUACAUCAAUGACCCUGUCACCAUCGACUGCGGCCACAGCUUCUGUGACUCCUGCAUCCGAAUGUCAUGGAAGGACCUACAGGACACAUUCCCUUGUCCCGUGUGCCGGCAGUCCCGCCAGGAGAUGCGCAUUAGUGCCAACGCACAGCUGGGCAGGCUGGUGGACCUGGCCAAGCUCCUCCACAGCUCCAGGACCAGCCAGAUGGCGGGGGCAGAGGAGGGGAGGUGUGAGGAGCACAGGCAGGGGGUGAGCCUCUUCUGCGAGGAUGACCAGAGCUGGUGUGUCCCCUGUGCGCCCAGGGCCCUGCCCACCAGGGCCACCACGUCAGGUCUGUGGCCGAGGCAGCAGCUAAUCACAGACAGAGGCUUGGUGACUGCAUCAAGGCCCUUAAAGAAUCAGCUGGUAGAGCUGCAGAAGCUAGAAGUCGCCCAAGACAGAAACCUCCUGCAGCUGAGAGCAGACAUGGAAAAGCACAGGAGGCAGCUGGCCUCGGAAUUUGAGCAGCUCACCGAGUUUGUGGAGCAUGAGCACGAGGCGGCGCUCUGCAGGCUGGCAGAAGAGGACAAACGCCUGCAGCAGCAGCUCAGAGCCAACCUGGAGGCCUACUCGGACCACAUCUCUGUGCUGAAAGACCUCAGAAGGGAGGUGGCGGAGCGAAGCGUGAUGUACAAGGAAAUGGUGCUGAGGGGGAAAAGGGGCCUGCAGGAGCACUGGGCGGACCUGCAACCCCCGGCUGUGCAGCCCCUGCGCUUCAGCCUGCGCGUGUCCCAGGACCUCCAGUCGGUGACCUGCGUGAGGGAGAGGCCCAAUGGGGAUGGGAACCCCGGGCCCUGUGAAGACUAUACCCCCCUGGUGUUCCUGGGCCGAGAGGGCUUCACCUCUGGCCGCCACUACUGGGAGGUGCAGGGGGGCGCCAAGCCUGAGUGGGCCGUGGGCGUGUGCAGUGUUGCCCCUUUGGCCCAGAACUCGCGGCCUCUGGUGGCUCCCAUGAGAUGCUGGACGCUGCAGCUGCAGGAUGGCGACUACCUGGCCGUGAGCACGGGGGCCGUGCCUCUGGCUCUCAGGGACCAGCCCACGGCCAUUGGCGUUUACCUGGAGUGGGAGCUGGGCCAGCUUUCCUUCUACAAUGCCGCCGACAGGUCUCAACUGCACUCGUUCACCGAGCCCUUUGCUCAAGAGCUCAAGCCCUACUUCCGCGUGGGGCCCGACUGUGCCCCUCCUCUGCAUAUAGAUGCAAAAGAGAUAUAUUACAAAGAGUUACAAGAAGAGAUCAUCUCCCUCAGCUAG